AUGCGCCUGUUGCGACUGCACCAUGGCCUUGCUGCCGGAUAUUCUCCCUUGAGAGUCAGACAAGAUGCCCGUCGUUGCUUUUCCAGCUCCAGAGUCUAUAAUGAGCUGACACCGUUCACCCGCCGGCUCUUUAAACUCCCCUCGGCCCCAUCUCCGCCCUCGCAACACCACAAUGAUUUGACGACAUUUCUCUCUUACGCCGAGCAUAUUUCUCUUCCGGUGGCGAGUUCGGUACAUGUCGGCACACACUACGAGUAUACCGUUCUCAAAACCCUACGUCGUUAUGCGCUAAGCCUCGACCGCAUCGGCGGUCGUGACGAUGCCGGCAUCGAUCUCGUUGGCACUUGGCACCUCCCGGAGCGGGAACGAGAACGUGCACUCCGUGUACUGGUACAAUGCAAAUCACUGAAGGCCAAAGUGGGCCCUAAUGUCGUCCGCGAGCUAGAAGGAACCUUCCGCCAGGCACCUGUCGGGUGGCGCACGGGCGAGACGGUUGGCGUGCUGGUGAGCCCGCGCGAGGCAACCAAGGGUGUUCGUGAUACAUUAGCUAGGAGCACGUAUCCGUUGUUCUGGAUGACGAUUGAACGGGACGGAACCUUGAAGCAGGCACUUUGGAAUGCCCGUGCAGAGGAACUUGGGAUUGGCCCUCUGGGUGUGGAAACACGAUAUGGAACCACAGAAGACGCCGAGUCUGGCUCGAUUACAAAAGAGAUGAUAUUGACCUGGGAUGGAUGUGAUAUCCCCGAUAUGGACCGCGUGGAGCAAAACCUCGUCGAGUUCGCCGAGCAAUGGGUCGCAUUCUGGGGUAUGGACUUGUCGGAAAUCCAGAAGGGGGAGCUUCUGGAUGCUGCAGAAAGAGUUCUCCCCUAUGAUGUCUCUUCUCAACUGCUUAAUAGGACCGUAUCGGAUGCAGACCGGAAGAAGGUCAUUCAAGCUUUACAAGAGCGCCUACAACAGCAGCCGGCAUCGGAGUGA